UAAAGGCAACUGACUCCCACAAAUGGUCCUCUGACAUCCACAGCUGUGACUUAGCCUGUCUGCUGAGGGUUACCGUUCUAGGUCUGAGGCUCAGAAUGUGGCUUAGGGGACUAUAUUCAGACCUCAGGGUCUCCCCUCAGUCCUCAGGGCCUCUGGGACCUGAGCAUGGCUGGAGGGACUGUCCCUAGAUGCAGGUUUGUCACACGGGGCCCCAGGGACCUUGACCCCCACAGAGCUGAUUGUGUCAUCAUAAUGCCGGCCGCAUCCCUGGGUUACGCUGGGCCAGGCCCCGCCUGUGGUCAGUACAGAGGAGGGCUGUGGAGGCACAAGCAGCUGUGGGAUAGCCCAGAGAGCUUUGGUGUAGAACCCUGGGUGGAAAGCCACCAGGGACCCUGACCUCAGCCAGGAACCCACAGAGGGACCUAUAAGGGACCUUGAACCUAUGGGAGAACUGGAUUCUGGGAAGACUCCAGUUUGAGAACACAAACCCAUGGGGGAGUCAGAACCCACGAGAGGCACUGGAGAGGGAUGCAGCGGGGACUGGCUGGAGGCAGCCAGCCCUCUGAAAUAUACCACGGCUGGAGCUCUGCCGGAGCUCAGAGGGAGACCUCUGAGGGAAUGCACGAAGAGACGCCUGAGGGGUCUUGGAAAGACCCCCGUGAAGGAAGCAGUGGGGGACCCUGUGAAGGCAAAGGGAGCUGUGAGAUAUCCCAGGACUUGGAACAUCCACCUCAGGGUCCCCACAAGAGAGCAGGAGGUGCGGGAGACACGACGGAGGCAUGAGCGGCACUUGGUGGAGGUGGACAGCAGCCGGCAACAGGAAUAUGACGUCAAGAUGGCUCAGGCUCUAGAGGACCUGCGCAGUCGGCACGAUGAGCAAGUGCGCCAGUACCGGCUAGAGCUGGAGCAGACUUACCAGGCCAAGCUGGACAACGCCAAGCUGACCUCGGACCAGAAUGACAAGGCAGCCCGCGCAGCCCGCGAGGAGCUCAAGGAGGCCCGCAUGCGUGUGGAGUCCCUCAGCUACCAGCUCUUAGGCCUCCAAAAGCAGGCCAGUGCCGCAGAGAACCAUAUCCGAGAGCUGGAGGAGGCCUUAGCUGGGGAGCGGGACAAGUUCCGCAAGAUGCUGGACACCAAAGAGCAGGAGAUGACAGAGGUGCGGGAUGCCAUGCAGCAGCAGCUGGCGGAGUACCAGGAGCUGCUGGACGUCAAGCUGGCCCUGGACAUCGAGAUAAGCGCCUACCGCAAGCUGCUGGAGGGCGAGGAGGAAAGGCUUAAGCUGACCCCCAGCUCUUCAUCACGGGUCACCAUCUCUCGGGCCACCUCGAGCAGCAGCAGCAGCAGCAGUGGGGUUGGCAUGUCGGUGGGGCAGAGCCGGGGCAAGCGCCGGCGGCUGGAGACUGAGGACACCCCAGGCUCACCCAGCAGUGCCUCCAGUGCGAGCAGUGGCUCCCGCCUGGCCCAGCAGGCUGUGGCCACGGGUGUCGUGUGCAUCGACGAGGUGGACCUGGAGGGCAGGUUCGUGCGCCUUAAGAACUCUUCAGACAAGGACCAGUCUUUGGGGAACUGGAGGAUCAAGAGACAGGUUGUGGAGGGUGAGGACAUCGCCUACAAGUUCACACCCAAGUAUGUCCUGCGGGCCGGCCAGACAGUCACGGUGUGGGCAGCUGGCGCAGGGGCUACCCACAGUCCCCCAUCAACCCUUGUGUGGAAGAGCCAGAGCAGCUGGGGAUCUGGGGAGAGCUUCCGCACUGUCCUGGUCAACGCGGAUGGUGAGGAGGUGGCCAUGCAGGCUGCAAAGCAGUCAUCUGUCCAGGGGUGUGAAAACGGGGAAGAGGAGGAAGAGGAAGAGGCAGAAUUUGGCGAAGAGGACCUCUUCCACCAGCAGGGGGACCCAAGGACUACCUCAAGGGGCUGCCGGCUGAUGUAAAACCUGCCCCACAGUCACCAUGGUCCCCAGAGCCCCUGAAAUUAUUUUUUUAUGGUCUGCUCUCGCUAGUCCGUGGUACAUUUCUAGAUGACUGUUAAGCAACCAUGAGAAUGUGGGUGGGCUCUGCCCACAGGCCUCAACUGGCCACACGCCGUCGUGUGAUAUAGAGGCCUGGGCUGGGAGCCUGCAAACUUGAGGGACUUGGGCCUGGAUCUGGGGCAGGAGAAUGGCUGCUAGCUCAGGGGGGACCUAAUAUGAAACUGUGGUGAUUUGGUCAUUUUCUUUGAAGCCUUUUGAAUCAAAUUCAGAAUCCAGACGGACUGUGGGGCUCACUAGCCUGUCAGGAUGUGGUGGCUCUGAGGACACAGGGCAGACCCUCCUCUCCUGGAAUUGAUGGCACCUGAACCCAGGGAUGGUCCGGCUUUGUGCUCUGAGUCUGAAGGGUUUUUAACAGUCCCCAGCAUCAGGGCAUUCAUAGACUUCUCUGGGCCCAGAUUCUAAAAUGUUCUAGUCCCUUCGAAAGCUGAGGAUCAAGAAGGGAGCUCACACAGGGGACAGCUCCUCCCAUCCUAAGACUGAGGGGACAGGCAGAUCGUGGGUGUUGUGCCUUCAGGAGCAAAGGCUGUGGGUUCCCAGCCAGCGACUGCUCACAGGAGUGAGGCCAAGCUGGCUGUGCUCCUGGCCCCAUAUAUAUGUACACUGCGUGUCCUCUGUGCCCCACCCUAAUGGCAAGGCCUGGAAACUUGCUUCCCUGAAACUUAGCGCCAGGAACCAGCCAGUUUCACCUUUCACCUUCCCACCACUGACACAUGGUAUUUUUUAAAAGAAUAUUUAUUUUUUUACAUUGGUCAGUAAUGAAGCUCACGGGGACGCCGCUCUGGGGGUUACUGAGCUAUGGGGAGUGCUAUCUCCCUCCUGGCACAGCUGAUGGUAAGAAGAGUUCAGGCCUAGUCUCCCCCAAGGCACGAGCUCUUGACCACAGGACCUCCAGACCUACCAGCCACCUCCUGCUUCUAGAUACCUCCGUUCUUUGUGACCAGCGUUGGCUCCUGGAUAGUCAUGGCUGGCUGCAGUUACUGCGCAGCCCUGUUGCCUUGCCCACAGGGCAGGUGUACUCCCGCACUUCCUGCUAGCUUCCUUGUGUUUGAGGAGCAGAUCUAGAGUAAUCUUCAGAUCUGUUUCUGGCCCCGGCUAGGCUAGGUGAUUACCAGAGUGGGACUGCUGCUGGGGAGCUGCCUGCACUGCGCACACCUACAGAUUGUUUUCUUUUUGUAAGAUGCAUGCCAAACGUGUGUUCCACCCAUUCUUUUCCGCCUAUGAUUUGUAAUAUACAUUUUACAACUGGAAACUUUUGUAUACUCAAAUAAUCAUUGAUUUUAAUCAACUGA